AUGAUUUAUUUUGUAGCCCCUAGUAAAAUGUAAAUGCUUUGCUAAUAGAACUUAUUAUUACUUUAGUACAUAAUAUUUUUAAUUAUACAAAAGAAAUAAAUACAUUUAUUUAUAUCCUUUUUUUGUCUUGUUAUUUAAUUUAUUUAUUUUUCUUAGAAUACGAUCAAAAAAAAUUAAUUGAUUGAAUAUCAAAAAUAAUUAAGGGGAGAAAAGCGAUCAAAGAAAAAAUUUAAGAUUGGCACUGUUCAAUCAAUCAUUAAUUCAUUAAUAAAUACAUAAAGAAAGCAAAUGAAAUAAUAAUUAAUAAAUUAAUUGAUAAAAAAAGCAAGAAAAAAAUUCAUCUACUAUUACAUUAAUAAUUUGAAUAAAUAGAAAUCAAGAUAUAUCAAAAAAUCAUAAUUUUUUCUUAAUACAAACAAUUAAAUUUAAUAAUCCUAUAAGUUUACCUGA